AUGCAAUCACAGACACUCCACGCCUUCACUUCUAAGCUAAAAACCGAACCCAAUAACAAAACAUGUCUAACAGCCAACACCAAGUAGCCGCACGUUGCCUAAAUGGUGAAAAUGGCUUAAAACGAUCCCAAGUUGUUGUAGUUAUGGUUCCUCUCCCAGCACAAGGCCAUCUCAACCAGCUUCUUCACCUCUCCAGGCUAAUCCUCUCCUACAACAUUCCUGUCCACUUCGUCAGCACCACCACCCACAACCGCCAGGCCAAACACCGUGUUCACGGGUGGGACCCACAAUCUGAUGCCACCAGUAAUAUCCAUUUCCAUGAUUUUGAAAUCCCUCCUUUUCCAUGCCCUCCUCCUAACCCAAAUUCCAAAAACAAGUUCCCUUCUCAUUUGCUACCUUCUUUUUUUCACGCGUCGUCACACCUUCAAGGGCCUGUUUCUGCGCUUCUGCGUUCGCUUUCUUGCGGAGCAAGAAAGGUUAUCGCCAUUCAUGACUCUCUAAUGGCAUCUGUAGUUCAGGAAGUCGCAUUAAUCUCCAAUGCGGAGUCUUACACUUUCCAUAGUGUAUCUGCUUUUACGAUUUGCUUAUUUUAUUGGGAAAGAAUGGGGAGACCGAUUCAUCAAAGAGGAGGAGGCAUCCCAGAAGAACUUCCUCCGCUUGAUGGGUGCUUCACUGAUGAGUUCAUGGAUUUGGUUGCUUCUCAAUACCAAUACCACAGGUACAACACUGGAUGUCUUUACAACACAUCAAGAUUGAUAGAAGGUACUUUCAUGGAGUUGAUAGAGAAACAAGAACAAGAAAGUACAAUGGAGGCAAAUCUCAGGAAGCAUUGGGCGUUAGGGCCUUUUAAUCCGGUUACUCUAGCGGAGCAAAAAGGUUCAAACGGAAAGCAUGUUUGCUUGGAUUGGCUGGAUAAACAAGAAACAAACUCGGUGAUCUAUGUGUCCUUUGGGACUACAACAGCCAUGAAUACUGAACAAAUCAAGCAGCUAGCAAUUGGGUUAAAGCAAAGCAACCAAAAGUUCAUUUGGGUACUAAGAGAUGCUGACAAAGGAGAUGUUUUCAACGGAGGACACGAAAGAAGAGAUGAGCUGCCAAAAGGGUAUGAGAAUUCAGUUGAUGGUAUGGGAUUGGUAGUGAGAGAUUGGGUACCCCAACUUGAGAUUUUAGGCCAUCCAGCAACAGGAGGAUUUAUGAGUCAUUGCGGAUGGAAUUCUUGUAUGGAAAGCAUUACAAUGGGAGUGCCAAUUGCAGCUUGGCCAAUGCAUUCAGAUCAACCGAGAAAUGCUGUCCUUAUAACUGAAUGCCUCAAGAUUGGCGUUCUUGUUAAAGACUGGGCUCGCAGAGAUGAGAUUGCUACAUCUAAGAUGGUAGAAACUUGCGUGAAGAGGCUAAUGGCAUCAGAUGAAGGAGAUGGAAUGAGAAAGAAAGCUGCUGAAAUGGGUCAUUCCAUCAGGCGAUCCCUAGGUGAAGGUGGAGUUUCUCGCAUGGAAAUGGACUCUUUCAUUUCCUGUAUCUCUACUUAAGCUGACCCAAGUUUCUUCUAUGCCAACAAACUUAUCCAAGUAUUCAUGUAUGUCUAUAAUUACUGCGGGCGGGCCUCCAACUCUAGUGAGAUUGUAAGUUUAAGAUUCUAAUAAUUAGAGCUUAAUUCUACUCAUAUUCAUUCUUAUAUUGUAAGCUGAUGCAAUUAUGAAAUACAGUCGGAUAGGCCAUAAUUGAGUAAA